AAAUAAAUCGAAUACGAUGGCCGGGCAUCAAACACAUUUUCGCUCUUCAAGCAACCACAAACGCAAGCCGAAGAAUUACUAUGUUCAAAUACGUGGCUGUCGUUUUUGCUCUGGUCGCCUGCGUUGCCGGCAAGCCAGGAGUGCUCCUCCCGGCUCCACUGUCCGCUGUGCCCGCCCCACUGCUUGCUGCGCCUGCUCCCGUUGUAACCGCCACCAGCAGCCAGGUGGUGGCCAGGAACUUCAAUGGCAUUGCUGCGGCUCCCGUGAUUGCCCCUCUGCCGGUUGCAGCUCCAGUUCCGAUUGCCACUCGCCUCAUCUCGCCCAUUGGGGCUCCUCUGAUUGCCAAGUAUGCUGCCACUGCUCCAUUGCCCUACACAACACCCUUGGGCUAUGCCGCAGCCCCUCAACCAAUUUUUUUUUAAGGCGUUCCUCUGUGAUAAUUUAAUAAUAUUUUUAAAGUAAAUAUAAAACUCUAUAGGAAU